AAUUUACUAAAAUUUAUUACAAAUGGAUUUAACAAGAAGUUCAUUAUUAAUUGUCAGUUUAUUUAUCCAGAUUGUAUAUGUUAAAUCACAAUCAAAUUGUAAUUUUACCAAUCUUAUCGAAUGUUGCAGUAUUGAAGGUGGAAAACAAGCAUUAACUUUUAUUCAAAGUCAACCUACUGGAAUUAAUACUGAACAAGUCGUAAAAUACUAUACGGAUUUGUGCAAGUUUCGUACGUUGUAUGAACAAGCAUCAUUUAUUAAAGCACAAUAUGAAAAAUUAUCAACUGCUGAUUUAACUACUAUGUUUACUACACCUAGACCUACACAAAAAUCUACUAUUACACCUAGAACUACACCGAGACCUACUAUAACUACACAGAGACCUACUAUAACUACACAGAAACCUACUAUAACUACACAGAAACCUACUUAUACUAUACUUAGAACUACAGAAAAAUCUACUACACAAAUAAUGAACAAAACUAAUGCUCCAUAAGUGUUUGAAUCUUCACUGGGAAUAAAUUUGGACAAUGUCAGGAGUAAAACAAAACAAACAAAAAAAUAACGCAGUUCAUAUCUGUAGCAAUGUAGACAAUUAAUUAGUAAAUACAAAUAUAUAAAUUACAUGAAU